GAUUCGGUGCGGGCGGGCGCGCAGAGGAAGGAAGAGCGACGAGGAGGCGGAGCCCGCGAGGCGCGCGGGCGGGCGCUCCUCGCAACUUUUUAGUUUGGGCGUCUAGAGCCGAAGUUUCUGUCUCAGUUGGGACGCCGCCGCGGCCCGGGGCAAAGAAAGGGAGGAAGGAAGGAGCUCACGAAGGGGAGGGGAGGGGGCCUCGGGCAAGGAGUGCAGGGCGAUGCGGGCGCGCGACGCAGCCCCCCGAACCUGAGCGCAGCGCCCCGAGCGUCGAACGAGGCCGCAGCCAUGGAGCCCGCGCAACAGCCGCCGCCCCAGCCGGCCCCGCAAGGCCCCGCGCCGCCGUCGGUGUCUCCGGCCGGGACCCCCGCGGCCCCGCCCGCACCCCCGGCGGGCCACCAGGUCGUGCACGUCCGCGGGGACUCGGAGACCGACCUGGAAGCGCUUUUCAACGCCGUCAUGAACCCCAAGACGGCCAACGUGCCACAGACCGUGCCCAUGAGGCUUCGCAAGCUGCCCGACUCCUUCUUCAAGCCGCCUGAGCCCAAGUCCCACUCGCGACAGGCCAGUACCGAUGCGGGCACUGCUGGAGCCCUGACUCCCCAGCACGUUCGAGCUCACUCGUCUCCAGCCUCCCUGCAGCUGGGGGCCGUCUCUCCUGGGACACUCACGGCCAGUGGUGUUGUCUCUGGCCCGGCUGCCACCCCUGCCGCUCAACAUCUCAGACAGUCUUCCUUUGAGAUCCCUGAUGAUGUACCACUGCCAGCAGGCUGGGAGAUGGCCAAGACCUCUUCUGGUCAGAGAUACUUCUUAAAUCACAAUGAUCAGACAACAACAUGGCAGGACCCCCGGAAGGCCAUGCUCUCCCAACUGAACGUUCCUACAUCUGCCAGCCCAGCAGUGCCCCAGACGCUGAUGAACUCUGCCUCAGGGCCUCUUCCUGAUGGAUGGGAGCAAGCCAUGACUCAGGAUGGAGAAGUUUACUACAUAAACCAUAAGAACAAGACCACAUCCUGGCUGGACCCAAGGCUUGACCCUCGUUUUGGUAAAGCCAUGAACCAGAGGAUCACUCAGAGUGCUCCAGUGAAGCAGCCCCCACCCUUGGCUCCCCAGAGCCCACAGGGAGGCGUCCUGGGUGGAGGCAGCUCAAACCAGCAGCAGCAGAUACAGCUGCAGCAGCUACAGAUGGAGAAGGAGAGGCUGCGAUUGAAACAGCAGGAGUUAUUUCGGCAGGUGAGACCACAGGCAAUACGGAAUAUCAAUCCCAGCACAGCAAAUGCUCCAAAAUGUCAGGAAUUAGCUCUCCGCAGCCAGUUGCCCUCACUGGAGCAGGAUGGAGGGACUCAGAAUGCAGUGUCUUCUCCCGGGAUGUCUCAGGAAUUGAGGACAAUGACAACCAAUAGUUCAGAUCCCUUUCUUAACAGUGGCACCUAUCACUCUAGAGAUGAGAGCACAGACAGCGGCCUCAGCAUGAGCAGCUACAGCAUCCCUCGGACCCCGGACGACUUCCUGAACAGCGUGGAUGAAAUGGACACAGGAGACACCAUCAGCCAGAGCACCCUGCCGUCCCAGCAGAGCCGCUUCCCUGAUUACCUGGAGGCCCUCCCUGGGACAAAUGUGGACCUUGGCACACUGGAAGGAGAUGCAAUGAACAUAGAAGGGGAGGAGCUGAUGCCCAGCCUUCAGGAAGCGCUGAGUUCCGAAAUCCUGGAUGUGGAGUCUGUGUUGGCUGCCACCAAGCUAGAUAAAGAAAGCUUUCUCACGUGGUUAUAGAGCUGUCCGGAGCCACUCUCCGGGUCUGUGAAGGAUCCACAGAGCCUAAGGUGUGCACUCCUGCAUUCAGAUAAGCCAGUGGGUGAUUCUCUGGCUAACACAGGACAGAUGACCAGUGUCCAGCGGGGAUCAUCCACUGUUGCUCUGCUCUUCUCUGCCAUUGCUGCUCUUAGGUUGCUGACCUCUUCACAGCCACCCCUAAAGAACCAGAACCACAGAUAGCCAGAGCCCUUUGUUUCCUUUGCUCUGGCAGCUGCGCUCUCUGGGGUUGUGGGGAGCCUGUCGAUAACAGAUGCUCGCCCUUCCUCCCCUGGUCUUCACCCAUCCUCCUAACUGAACCCCAGGCUGGGAACUGAAAUGCUUCAUGCAUUUGUUCAAGACAUGGUUUCUUCAGCUGCCUUUGGCCCUUGGGUCCAACAAGCCAGACGCGUGGCAUCUGAUCUCACGGAAGACCGGAAGAUGGCAAAGACCCAUGCCGAAGACUGAUGGACUUCCUGUUUCUUUUUUUAGUCGUACCAUUAGGCACAUAGUGACCUGGAUUUUAUCUUAGAAGCUCAUGAGGCAUGGGACAGUUUCCAUAGAAAUAUAUUAAUUAUACCACAUACUCUAGGUUAGGUUUGAAUGGAUAUUAUCUGUGGGUGUUUUGGUUGGUUUUUCUGUUUUCUUUUCUGUGGUUGGUUUUGGUGGAACGUAGGCAACUUAAUGAAGUCGUUCAUAGCUGUAGCUUGGGGUGGGCAGUACCAUUCUUUUGGGGGAAAUCUAUAUUUCUCGGCUUUUUAACAUCCUAUUUAAAUCCUGGCUGUCUCCUCUCUACGUAUGUACACACUCUUCUGAUGUCCGUGGUAGUGUGUAGCAGAGUGUGUCUUGAUAAGUGUUUCCUUCCCUCCCAGUUUACUGUUGAAAUGGUAGCCUUGAGCAUAUGCAUUUAGACAUCUUAGUUAUGUUUCACGGAUAGUUUAAAUUCUGGUUGGGGCAAUCUGCAGGUGUUUGAGGAGGGUGGGAGGGAGGGAGGGAGGGAGGGAAGGAGGGCAGUGUUGUAGAAAGGGCUCUGGUUGUGGGUAAAGCCAGGAAGAGCUCUCCAGCCCUCUGCACUGCGGCAGUGAGGAUAGAAGCCACCAGUGGCCUCACUCCCUUGACUGAUUCCGUGUGCAGUCUCAGAGCUUUGAGCUUUGGAGAGGCAGGCCUUCCUUCCGCCUCCGCCUCGGCUGCGGCUGUCCACUCAGAUGCUUUGAGUAUUGACUGUCACCUACAAGAUCAGUCUUAGGAAACCUCACGUGCCUGUGUUCAGUGGACCCUGGGGUAGGGCGAAGAAUGCUGUGAGGCCUUGGCUGGCCGGUAAAGUGAACAGACAGUAAGUGUGCGGGGGUGGCUGAACUUAGCAAAGGGCUAGAGCGAAGCAUGAUUAUGGCUUUAUUUUUACAAGAAGAAAGAUUACUAGAGUAUGUGUCUCCAAGAGUAAUGAUGGUUUCCAAAGAGUAUUUUUUAAAGGAACAAAAUAGGCGUGAAUUAACUCUGCGUAUAAGCUAUGACGUAAUAGUUGGUUGUGAAUUGCAGUCGCUGCACCAGUUAGCACCUCUCAUUUAGAGUCUUUGAGUGCUUCUAGAAGAGUCCCUUAUUUUCAAGGGUUCAUAGUGAACAACAACAACAACAAAUUUUCCCCUGGCUAAAGCUGCUAACUAUAAAAAUUGUCAGCUUAGGAAGAUAGAAAUCUUGUAUUUUGGCCUUUUGAGUAGUAUAGCGCAAGAAUGAAGUAGAAAAGUUUUAUUUAGUACUUUGAGUGCUCAAAAAAUGCAAUCAGUGUAUUAUAUAUGAUUCAUAGGUCAGUCAUUUGAGGCCAUCAACUCAAGGCUUUUAAUCAGAACCAAGCUGAAGAUUCACCCUUGAAUCUAGUCUGGGGAAACAACCACGGGAGGAUGCAUUGACUUUAGAACAGAGAGGAAACUCUAACUGAAAACUGCGCAGAUGGAUGGUCCACAGCAGUGUGGGGAUUCACAGAUAAUAGGCGUGCUGAGUGCCUAUGAUUCUCCAGGAAACUCCAGAACAAAGGACCACAUCUUCUGUGGGCAGAGUAGCCUCAGUGUGGGGAGGGGGAGGGCAGGUGGGCAUGGGCUGGUGAGAGGUAGCGGAGCCCUGUUAGAAAAGCUUUUAUGAACUUAAUUUCUCUUCCUUAAAGACUUCGCUCUCAUCUUGCUCCCAGUAAAGUUUUUCCUAACUUUCCAGCUGCUUAACCUCCCUCACAAAGUGAGAUGUGUCACCUUCCUUCUCCCUCAGCAUGGUGUGCCUGGUUAUACCUCAAUGUCCAGCAGCCCUGGUGCCUGACAGUGCUCUCUGACUCUAUCAAACCCUCCGUGCUGACUGUGGGAGACCCGAGCACCUUUUCUCUCACUGAAUUUGAAUCACAGCCUCAACGUAGUCUUUUUGUUGUGUCCAACAGUGUUUAAUGCUUCCUGGCUGUAGUGGGUAGCAUGCAGAUAAGAAUUUAACUGGUUAUUCUUGAAUUUCUUUUACAAUAAACCAAUUUUUAUAAUCUUAAAAUGUA